GACGUUGUUGUUGAUCCACAAAGAUUGGGCGGAACCAAGAAAGAGAGGAAGGAAGGAUAUUUUGGACUGGUUCAAAGUUUUAUGGCCAGAACUGAAUUGUCAGUUCGGCUGAAACUUCGCUCCCCUCCUCUCCCCUCCCACUACGGACUAAUAAAUAAUCGGACUUUAAAAGCUUUACUUUACAACCAAAAAUCAUCUCUCCACUCAAAUCUUAUAAUCUUAUUUGAUUUGAUUGCUGUGAAUUUUUACGUAGGCAUCGACCGACCUACCCUCUCUCUCUGGGGAAACCCUAGAAAUUUCAAAGAUGAACGACGCAGAUGUAUCCAAGCAGAUCCAACAGAUGAUUAGAUUCAUUCGGCAGGAGGCCGAGGAGAAAGCUAAUGAGAUACUUGUCUCCGCCGAGGAGGAAUUCAACAUCGAGAAACUGCAACUAGUUGAAUCUGAAAAGAAAAAGAUCAGACAAGAGUAUGAACGUAAACAGAAGCAGGUGGAAGUUCGUAAGAAAAUUGAGUACUCAAUGCAGCUGAAUGCAUCCCGUAUCAAAGUUCUUCAAGCACAAGAUGAUGUGGUAACUGCUAUGAAAGAUUCUGCGAGCAAAGGGCUUCUGCGUGUCUCUGAUGACCAGAGUGCAUAUAAAGAACUUCUCCAAGGCUUGAUUGUUCAGAGUUUACUUCGACUGAAGGAGCCAUCGGUGUUGUUGCGAUCUAGAGAGGUCGAUGUUGCACUCGUUGAGUCUGUUUUGGAUGCAGCAAAGAAAGAGUAUGCAGUGAAAGCAAAAGUACAUGCCCCAAAAGUAGUCAUUGACAAACGUGUGUUUCUUCCACCGCCUCCAAGCAGUGCAGACUCCCAUGGUCCCUCCUGCUCCGGAGGGGUUGUCCUAGCUUCACAAGAUGGAAAGAUUGUCUUUGAGAACACUCUGGAUGCCCGAUUGGAUGUUGUUUUCUGGCAGAAACUUCCUGAGAUCCGCAAGCGUCUUAUUGGUAAAGUGGGUGAAUGAUCAGGCUGGAUUUUUGCGAUUGCGUUAACCCGCCAGGGGAUGGUUUUGAGCAUGUCGAAUUGACUAAACCUGGUCAUAUUGGGAAAUAAUUAUAUCUGCUCUGUUGUCCUAAAAAAUGAGUGAAUCACUAGAAUAUUGAGCUGGUUUGCAAUAAUUUGGACAUGCAUAUCUUUUAGUUGAUGAAUAAUUUUGCUUUAGGAUCCUCUUCGAGCGUUAGGCUUGUACAUAUGUAUUAGGCUUGUACAUAUGUAUUAUGAACUUGCAUCAUAAUAGACGUUUGGUUGUAUCCUCAAUCAUGUAUUGGUGUGGUUUUCCUUGGACGAAAAAGGUGAAGGGACAUAAACUCGAGGGCAGUUUGGGUUUUACGAUGCUCACAAUUGUUCACUAAACUUCGUCGCUUUUUUUAUUUGACAAAGCUUUUAUGUUUCUGGAAUUUUUAUGUUCAAUCUAUACUA